GGGUGGGCCUCGCUUCUGAGGAAAUAAAGAGGCCCAGAACCUCCCCAGCAAACGAAAGAAUGAUUUCCAGAUACUCAAGUGGAGUGGCCUUCUGGCUACAUGAGCUGGAUGUGCUUGGCAGUCUUUCCAUCUGGCUCGCCAGUAUCCUGAGGUUAGCAAAGCAGAAGGCCAAUCUCAUGGGAGCUAAAAGACAUGUGCGCGUGCCAGUAUUUUCUGACAAACGCUCAGUUAAUUGUUUUCUAUGAAUCUUCUGAGACACAAACUGUGCACACCAGGCACCAAGAACUAUCCCCCCAAUCCCCCCAGAUCCCAAGGGAAACUUCAUAAUUACACAUAUUUGGACCAAGCAUCUCCCCCACAGGAAAUGGAUGGAUCAGCCCCUGGAGAUGAAAGAAUGAUGCAGGGCAUGGGAAAGCAGAAAAAUAUCCUGAGUGAGAAAGAAGAUGAAUCCACACAGGCGAAGCCGGAGAGCUUAUAUACUAAUAAGAGAAACUCAGAAUUUCUUGUAAGCAUACUAAGGAAAUGGGGGUCAGAAGAGACCUGGGACAGAUGGAAUUUACCAAAGUCUCUACCACAGACAUUCUCAGAUGGUGUUAAUAAAAAGAAGAAACCCAAACCAGAAUUGGUGGUCCACAUUGAGAGAGUUGCUAAAUAUCAUCACAAAGCAAUAAUUAUCCUACAGCCUGCUUGGUGGCACAACAUUCUGAAAUGCAAAUGUCAAGGGCGUGGAGUCUCAAGGAUGUUACUAAUAGGAGCUCAUGUUUUACCUUGGGUGGUCUUGUGCUCUGCCCGGUGGUCUUGUUUCUGCCUACUAUGACAGCACGAAUUGUUUCAUGUAGCUCCCCAUCCAACACGGUAUCCACUAGCUUCCUUUUAGUAAUGCACGACAACUCAUAAAAGACAGACUACCCAGAAAUGACAUUGCAGUAUUCCAGACAUUUUCUUUCUUGGUGGUGACAGUUCCAAAUCAAGCUGGCUCAGUGCUUAAGUCAAAGCAUUUUUCUAAGUGGCUGUUCAAAACACAGCCUUAGAUCUGGAAAAUCAAACUGGGCUCUGCUUCCCUCUUCCAUCAUUGCUCAUAAUAAAUAUUGAACUGCUGGACCGCAGCUAGCAGCUUAUGAU